UAAGCUGAAUUUAUAAAGAUAUUUCCAAGAUGCUAAAAAGGCUCAGAAAGCAAAUAUAAAUUGUUUUACAACAAAUAUAUGCAACAAAUAUAUGUUUUUUCAGUUAAUAUUAUCUCGUGAUUAUCCAUUACCCCACAACAAUGAUUACGAACUUCUAACCCUGUACAAUUUACCAAAAUGCCUUUACAAAGUCUUUUAUUAAAACGAUGUAGUGCUCGUUUGAAUUUGGUGCAUUGUAGAAAUUUUGCAAACGGUCAAUUAAAUACUGAAGAAAAUGGGCUGCCACCAAAGAAAUCCAGAGUUGUCAUAUGUGGAGGAGGCGUUAUGGGGGCUUCUGUCGCUUAUCAUUUAGCACAAAUGGGAUGGGGCCCUCAUACUGUUCUACUAGAACAAGGAAGGUUUGGUGGCGGUUCUACCUGGCACACGUCUGGUUUAGUAGGAGAAUUUAAACCAACUUUGUCUCAAGUUAAAUUGGCACAAAGUUCUUUGGGUUUGUUGAAGGAUUUGGAUAACAAAGGUCUAGCGACUGGUUGGAAGAAAUGUGGUUCCUUGAAUUUGGCUCGGAGCAGGGAUAGGAUGACUUUGUUUCGACAUAUGAAGGCCCAGAGUAUUUCCUGGAACAUCAACUGUGAACUGGUGACUCCAAAGCAGUGCAAAGACUUGUGCCCCCUCCUACGUACGGAUGAUCUUGUCGGGGGGCUCUGGAUUCCCGGAGACGGCGUUGCUGAUCCAUAUCAGACCUGUAUGACAUUGAUAAACGAAGCAAAACUUGGAGGUGUCCAGGUGGUGGAACACUGUCCAGUAACCGGUGUAAUCCAGGAAGGCGGCAAAGUAGUCGCCGUGAAAGCUGGCACUGGCUUUGUGGAAUGUGUCUAUUUUGUUAAUUGUGCUGGUUUUUGGGCCAGAAAAGUCGGACAGAUGUCCGAACCACAUGUCAAGGUUCCUUUACACCCAGUGGAGCAUUAUUAUCUGCACACCAAGAAGAUACCAAAUUUAGACCCCAAUACACCUGUGGUAAGAGACUUGGAUGGGCACAUUUACUUCCGAGAAAAGGAUGGGCAUUUGAUGGCUGGUGGAUUUGAAGUUAUUGCUAAACCUGCUUAUGAGGAUGGAGUCAUACCAAUGUCAAAUUGUGAACGAGUUCUACCAGAAGACUGGGAUCACUUUUAUGUCUUGCUUGAAGAAAUGCUGAAACGAGUUCCUACUUUAGAAGAUGCAGUUUUGGAGCGACUGUCAAAUGGACCUGAAGCUUUUUCACCAGAUGGAAGAUGGAUCAUGGGAGAAAGCCCAGAAAUUCAAAAUUAUCUGGUGGCAGCUGGUAUGAAAACUGUAGGAAUGUCUUCUGCUGGUGGUGUUGGUCUUUCUAUUGCUGAAGUUAUUACACAAGGAUACACCAGAUUUGAUACUUAUGAAUUGGACAUUAAUAGAUUUCUAGGGCUGCACAAUAAUAGAAAGUUCUUGAGAGACAGAGUCAGAGAAGUACCUGGUAUGCAUUACGGUUUGAAAUAUCCUUUUCCGGAGUACCAAACUGGACGGAAUUUGAGAAUGUCUCCAAUAUAUCCUGCACUUCGAGAAGCUGGUGCUGUUUUUGGACAAGUUAUGGGUUAUGAGAGACCUGCUUACUUUGAUCCACCAAAUGAAGAUCAUUCAAACGAGUUUUCAAGACCUUACAAGAUAGCUUACACGAAUACUUUUAACAAACCUCAUUGGUUUGAUAUUGUGAGUGAGGAAUAUGCAGCAUGUCGAGAGAAAGUUGGGCUUAGUGACUAUUCAUCCUUUACUAAAAUUGACCUAUGGUCAAAAGGUACAGAAGUAGUGGACACUCUUCAAUACUUGUGUUCCAACGAUGUAAAUGUACCAAUUGGCAGCAUCAUUCAUACAGGUAUGCAGAACCGGCAAGGUGGUUAUGAGAAUGAUUGCUCUUUGGCUCGACUUGCAGAAAACCAUUAUAUGAUGAUUGCUCCAACUAUCCAACAAACAAGGUGCAAAACCUGGAUCCAAAGACACUUACCAUCCGAUGGCUCCGUAGCAAUUUCUGAUGUGACAUCAGCCUACACGGCAAUAUGCAUAAUGGGUCCUUUUACCAGGAUUUUACUGUCUGAGUUAACAGAUACUGAUUUGAGUCCUAAGAAUUUUCCUUUCUUUACUUUUAAACAACUGGAUGUCGGUUUGGCCAAUGGAAUCAGGGCUAUGAAUUUGACACAUACCGGAGAAUUGGGAUAUGUUUUAUAUAUACCCAAUGAGUUUGCUCUGCACGUGUACAGUGAACUAAUAACAGCCGGUCAAAAAUAUGGUUUGAGACAUGCAGGUUAUUAUGCAAUGAGAGCACUUCGUAUUGAGAAGUUUUAUGCUUUUUGGGGCCAAGAUUUGGAUACUGCGACUACUCCAUUGGAAUGUGGAAGAGCUUGGAGAGUUAAAUUUGAUAAAGGUGUAGAUUUUAUUGGAAGAGAAGCCUUAUUGAAACAGAAGCAAGAAGGUGUGAAAAAAAUGUAUGUUCAGUUGUUGCUGAAUGAUCAUGAUCACGAAACAGACAUUUGGAGUUGGGGCGGUGAACCAAUAUUUAGAAAUGGGGUUUAUUGUGGGAUGACUACGACUACUGGGUAUGGAUUCACAUUUAAGAAACAGGUCUGUUUAGGUUUUGUGAUGAAUUUAGAUGCUGAAGGAAACAUGCAACGAGUAAGCAAUGAAUACAUUUUGUCAGGAGAUUAUGAAGUUGAUAUUGCUGGCAUCAGAUACAAUGCAAAAGUGAAUCUUCAUUCACCCAACUUGCCGACCAAAUAUCCUGAUCAAGAACGUGAGGCUUACAAAGCUACGAGGGACAAAAUUGAUGAAACUAAUAUUCUUACUGUAGGAAGAUAA